UCAUCAACCGACGACGAUUUUGACUUCAAAGCGCGAAACGCCCACUGUUUCUAUAGCAAACAGCAACGGGACAAGCAAUAACUUUUACGGAUUACACAUCGAUAGUGUAACAAGUUUGUAUUUAGUUUUAUGAAAUUGCAUGAACCAAAAAGAUGACACAGUCCAUAGUAGUCCAAGUUGGUCAGUGUGGGAAUCAGGUGGGCUGCCGCUUCUGGGACCUCGCGCUCAGAGAACAUGCACAUGUCAAUCAAACAGGAGUUUAUGAUGAGGCGCUGAGCAGCUUCUUUAGAAAUGUUGACCAAAGGAGAGCGGGUGGAUCAGACGCUACAGGGGGCAGGAUCACUGCUCUAAAGGCCAGGGCCGUAUUAGUGGACAUGGAGGAGGGAGUCCUAGGAGAAAUUCUUCAAGGACCGUUGCGUUCUCUCUUCAACAGCACACAACUCAUAAGUGAUGUCUCUGGUUCAGGCAACAACUGGGCAGUCGGCCACCACACAUACGGUUUGACCUACAGAGAGCAGAUUGUGGAUCAGGUCCGUAAGGCUGCAGAACACUGUGACUGUCUUCAGUGCUUCUUCCUCAUUCAUUCCAUGGGAGGAGGCACUGGUUCGGGGUUAGGCACAUUUGUGUUGAAGCUUCUAGAAGAGGAGUUCCCUGAGGUGUGCCGCAUAGUGACCUCGGUUUACCCGACGGCCGAGGAUGAUGUCAUCACCUCUCCCUAUAACAGCGUCCUAGCCAUGAAAGAGCUUACAGAACAUGCAGACUGCGUCUUGCCGGUCGAUAACCAGUCUCUGGUGGACAUUGUUGGUAAGAUACAGCACAUGUCCAACACUGGCAAACCAAGCUGUACUAUCAAGAAGGACUGUACCAUCAUCUCUGGACAAGGAGGGGUGGUGAAGGUCGAAAAACCUUUUGAUGCCAUGAACAACAUUGUGGCCAAUCUACUUCUUAAUAUCACCAGUUCAGCACGUUUUGAGGGCUCUCUCAACAUGGAUCUGAAUGAGAUCCCCAUGAACCUGGUACCGUUCCCGCGUUUACAUUACCUCGUGCCCAGUCUAACUCCUCUCUACACACUUGCAGAUGUCAACGUACCACCACGCAGGCUGGAUCAAAUGUUCUCAGAUGCAUUCAGCAAGGAUCAUCAGCUGAUCAGAGCCGACCCCAAACACAACCUGUAUCUGGCCUGUGCUCUUAUGCUGCGUGGAAACGUUCAGAUGUCAGAUCUGCGCCGGAAUAUUGAGCGGCUAAAGCCCACCCUGCCAUUUGUCCCAUGGAAUCAGGAGGGAUGGAAGACUAGCCUGUGUUCAGUCCCUCCUGUGUGUCACUCACAUUCCCUGUUGGCCUUGGCCAACAACACAUGUGUGAAAUCUACCUUUCUUGAACUAAGGGAACGUUUUGUGAAACUCUACCGUAGGAAGGCUCACUUGCAUCAUUAUCUAGCAGUGGAUGGCAUGGAGUUGGCUGGAUUUAAUGAGGCACUAUCAUCUAUCUCAGAUCUUAUUGAAGACUACACACACCUGGAACACCCUCUCAUGCCCAACGCACCCAGACUCACCAUCGCCACCUGAACUAUUCUAGCAAAGACCCUUUCAAGGCAAGUCAUUUCAGAUGGCAGCCAUCUUUGAAACUCUCUCGGGCAGCUAUUUUAGUCCUGCUAGUACAGCUCCUAUCUCUUUGAAUGGGGAAACAUCAAAUUCUCCAAAGCUGUUCACAAAGCUUACGAUUAAAUUUCAUAUUUGAAAUCACAAAUGAGGUCUUACAACAGCUGUCGUAAAUGUGAUAAUUUGAAAGAAAAUUGUUUCUUAUGCUCAAAAAGCAUUAACAACAGCUGCAGUGACGCAAAGACUUUACCAAUCAGUGAUUGGCUCUUUUAUUUAGAAGGCGGGACUUCACCAUAUUUCACUUGGGGGCACUUUCUCCCAUUCAUAGUAAUACACCGUCUUUAGCUCUAUUCGGACUGUUACCGUUUCUAAUGUGGACGUCUGUAAAAAUAAAUGCAUGGCACCUGUUUCUUAAACGCAUGCAUUCGGAUGGCGAAUUAUUCGCUGUUGAGGUGUGAGUUUUGUGAUCCUACAAACCCAGGAACACGCUGCUCAUGUGGUCAUUCGCAUGGUUGUCUGCUGUAAAUAAAAUGUCAUGUGCUUUGAAUUGGAAUAUAUGUAGAUUUUAUUUAAAAAUAGGAAAAUAAUAUCCUAUUUAUUACAUUAUUAUUUAUGUCUCCUCUCCUGUUUAAAAAUAGGAAGAUAGACGUGUUAUAGUUAAAAUAGUUUACUGUCUUGUAUUUGAUCUCAAAAUGGAUGUCAUUAAAAAUAAUGUGGAAUAGAGCAGAAAUAAGUUAAUACAGCCUCUUUUUUUGACAAAGCGUCUUAGUUUAUAAUUUUAAAUGUAUGUUGUUGUUGCCAUUUCAAAUGCUUGCUUGCUUUUCUUUGGUUUCUCCUUUGAGCAGUGAUGAAAUAUUGUUUCUGUAAAUACUUUCCAGCAUUUCAGUAAUAAAAGUGUAAGUAGGCUAAAUCUUUAAAAUGUAGCCAAAUUACAGCAGAGCACAAUUGUUAUCCUAUGGUGCUCGGCAGUGGACAAAAAGGAUUUUAACAGUAAAUUUUGAAUUGAUCUCUUCUUGUAAACUUAGUGAUGUGGAGCAAUUAAAAAUCCACACGACCUUGUGUUUUAUCAAAAUAACAGUAGGUAAUUUGUCCGGGAAUUUUUGAGCUUGUGGUGGGAGAAAAACACUGACAUUCUAGAUUCGAACAGCAAUAAAAUCAGCAGCCAGCCCCUGAAAAGGUUGAGGAUACCUUACGGCCCAAUGAGAAACAAUUACCUCCAGAACAGGCCUUUGAUACUAGACAAAAAUAUAAAUAAAUAAUACUUUCGUACUUCUGGACCUAUAUUUUCUUGUUGUAGAGACAUAGCUAGAAACAUUAGCUCAACCAGUAGUGUGAAUGUGGUGUGGAUCUGUGGAUCACUUCUGGUACUGCAGAGUUGAGCUCCUUCCCUAAUUGUAAAAAACCUACCUGUAAUUAUCAAGUAAUUACAUUGGCUCGAUUGUUUUUUUUUUUUUUUUUAGAGGUGUUGAAUUAGGGUUGGACCUCAUCACUGCGGGACAGAAGCACUCCAGGGCCGGGAUUGCCCAUCCACGUAAUAUUGGCUCUUCACCUG